AUGGCCCGCAAGAGCAUCCUCACCGCCCUGGCUGGCGCUUCCCUCGUUGCCGCCCACGGCCACGUCUCCAAGGUCAUCGUCAACGGCGUCGAGUACCAGAACUACGACCCCACCUCCUUCCCUUACAACUCCAACCCUCCCACCGUGAUCGGCUGGACCAUUGACCAGAAGGACAACGGCUUCGUCUCGCCCGACGCCUUCGACUCCGGCGACAUCAUCUGCCACAAGUCCGCCACGCCCGCCGGCGGCCACGCCACCGUCAAGGCCGGCGACAAGAUCUCGCUCCAGUGGGACCAGUGGCCCGAAUCGCACAAGGGCCCCGUCAUCGACUACCUGGCCGCCUGCGACGGUGACUGCGAGUCCGUCGACAAGACCGCCCUCAAGUUCUUCAAGAUCGACGGCGCCGGCUACGACGCCACUAACGGCUGGGCCUCGGACGUCCUCAUCAAGGACGGCAACUCGUGGGUCGUCGAGAUCCCCGAGAACAUCAAGCCCGGCAACUACGUCCUCCGCCACGAGAUCAUCGCCCUGCACAGCGCCGGCCAGGCCAACGGCGCCCAGAACUACCCCCAGUGCUUCAACCUCAAGGUCGAAGGCUCCGGCUCCACCGUCCCCGCCGGCGUCGCCGGCACCGAGCUCUACAAGGCCACCGACGCCGGUAUCCUCUUUGAUAUCUACAAGAACGACAUCUCCUACCCCGUUCCUGGCCCCUCCCUCAUUGCUGGUGCCUCCAGCUCCAUCGCGCAGAGCAAGAUGGCCGCCACCGCUACCGCGUCCGCUACCCUCCCUGGUGCUACUGGCGGUAGCAACAGCCCUGCUACCUCUGCCGCUGCUGCUGCUCCUGCCCCCUCUACCACCUUGGUCACUAGCACCAAGGCUGCUGCUCCCGCUACUUCUGCUGCUCCUGCUGCUCCCGCUACUUCGGCUGCGGCUGGCAGUGGCCAGGUCCAGGCUAAGCAGACUAAGUGGGGACAGUGCGGUGGUAACGGCUACACUGGUGCUACUGAGUGCGAGAGCGGAUCUACUUGCACCAAGUACAACGAUUGGUACUCUCAGUGCGUCUAA